UGGGUAGAUGGUCUUAUAACUCAGGAAUUCUUAACAGAACAAGAAUGAGAACCACUGAAUUAAAGUAAGUGGCAACUUGGUACAGUUUCUAGGUAGCUAGAGCUGUCUGAUAAUUCUCGGGCGGGUUCAGCAGGGAGAGUCUUGUCCACUCAUCACGCAGCGCUGCACCAGUAGGGCAUCAUCUGCAUCAGCUGUUGUUCAAGACCACUACACUAUUCUUUUGGCUUUGCUGCUAUUGUUGAGGUGAGAGCUGCAAACAGCGAAGCGAGAAUGUUGCGAAUGGGCCGACAGGUGGGAGGCUCUACCCUUGCAAACUUCCUCAAAAGACGAGCAUUGCUUCCACUGGGUCGUGGUGUUGUAACUUCAGCUUCCAAAGGAAUACACUCAUUUACUUUUAACAGUCCGGGGCUUCAGUGGGUAAAUUAUGAAGGAACAAAAAAAAGAUCUACAGAUGCUGGGACGACCUGUCGAGAGGUGGUUAUUUCAGGGGCACAUGCUUCCCGACCGAUCGUCAGCGUUGCUAGGGACCACAGCACCGGGAUGCUAAAGGUUCGCUGGGAAGGAGGCAAAGAGGAAGUGUAUCCAUACGUGUGGCUGAAGGAUAACUGUCGCUGCCCUUCUUGCUACCAUAAGGUAUCACACUCCAGACUCACUUUUAUAGAAGAGACUGACCUGAAAGCUGAACCCAUUAGUGUCCAGGUGGUAGAGGGCGGGCAGCAGGUGGAGGUGGUGUGGCAGGAUGACCAUCACAGCUUAUAUGGGACUGAGUGGCUACAUUACCGCGGCUUUAGUGAGGAGACUCGUCAAGCACGGGGCAGCCGAUAUAGGCUAGAAAGAAAGUUCUGGGGCACUGAAUCUUUGGAUAAUUUCCCUGAAGCAUCGUUCGAAGAGAUUAUAACAGACGAUGUGGCUUUGUUGGAGUGGUUGAGGCUGCUGGAGGUAUAUGGCUUUGUUAAACUGAAAGACGCUCCUGCCGAAACAGGUCAAGUUCGUCGCCUGGCUGAAAGAAUCGCCUUUAUCAGAAAGACUCAUUACGGGGAUGACUUCACAGUACAAGCCAAGCCGGAUCCUAGCAAUGUUGCUUAUCUAAAUGGGCCGCUCCAGCUCCACGCAGACCUCCCUUACUAUGAAUACAAGCCUGGAGUACAGUUCAUCCAUUGUAUUAAGCAGUACGAGGGAGUGGGAGGGGACUCUCAAAUCACUGACGCUGUUCACGUGGCACGUCAGCUGCAAAAGGCGUGUCCAGAACAUUACCGCCUCCUUACCGACACGCUAGUUGAUUGGUUUGACAUUGGCAAAGACGAAACUGGCGAAUUCUACAAACUUCUGCGUUUGCCAGUAAUCUGUACAGAUAAAAAUGGCGAAAUAAGUCGUAUUAAUAUGAGUCAGCCAGUAAUCUGUACAGAUAGAAAUGGCGAAAUAAGUCGUAUUAAUAUGAGUCAGCCACAGCGUGACUCACACUUCUCUGUGCCCCCUGGCGAGGUUGCUGAUUGGUAUGCUGCGUUGGUCGCCUAUUAUCGCCUGCUAUCCGAUCCUAAGUACUGCCUGCAGUUUAAAAUGACUCCAGGUACCAUCAUGACCUUUGACAACCUGAGGAUCGUGCACGGGCGAACUGGUUACUUUUCAGGUCCAGGCGAGAGGCACGUGCAGGGGUGCUACGUGGACUGGGACGAGGUCAGGUCACGUAGGAGGGUGCUGGAAACUAAGAUUGACCCUUACCGAUCACUGUAUAAUCAUUGAUCUUUAGAAUAAGGAAGUCAAAUCAAGAUAUGGGAAGAUUUAGUUCAAGUGGUCUUUAAAAUUUCGACGCCUUAUCAGAGUUAGUUCAAGUGUACUUUGAAAUUUCGACAGCUUAUCUCGAUUACAUGAACAGAUUCCAGCGGAAGUGUUUCAGUGGUUCUAUAGUGGUGCCUCAAUAAUUACUCUACAGCAUCAAGAGAGAGAGAGAGAGAGAGAGAGAGAGAGAGUGUGUGUCUCUGGUGUUGGAGAAUAGUCCUUAAGAGAUCCCACAGUGAUUGCCAAGGAAAUAUUUUUAGUGUCAUUUUUGCUUGAAUAUUUGAAUAAUCAAUGUACGUCUUUCUGUUAUGGUUAUCUAAUCAUUGCAUUAGUAGGCUAUCAUUGCAGUAGCUAGGCUAUUUGCAGUGUAUGCCUGUCUCCACAUUUUUUUCUUUUAAUAAACUGUAAAGAUAAAGCCA